AUGAGGGCCAGGGGAGUGUACAGGGCGGCAGCCUUGCUGGCGUGCGUCGUCUUCUCGAGUCCGCUCUGCGCGAAGAAAGACGGCCCAGACUUCCACGUCAAGAAGCUUAGCAACUAUCCGGCCAACCUGAACUAUUUUACACACUCCGAAGUAAUCCUCUUCCAAGACGAGACAAAUUCCAAUGUAUACCGAUCGCCAGAUGCCGGCGCAACAUGGGAAAUAGUCGACGCCGUCCCUGAGGGGCACUCGUCCGUGUUGCUCAUGCACGAGUACGACAACGAUCGAGCUUACAUCCUGACAGAGGGCCUCCAGCAUUUCCGGACGCACGAUCGCGGGAAGACGUGGGAGAGGUUUCAGACCGAGACCGGGAUGAGCAAGUUCAGGCGCGACAUCCUCCAGUUCCACGCCGAGAUACCCGACCGCAUCAUCUUCAAUGGCAUGACCUGCGAUAUCAUCAACUGCGACGAGGUGGCCAUGUAUACAGACGAUGGGUUCCGGACGCCCGCCAAGUUACUGAGGGCCAACACGGCUGGUUGUUGGUGGGCCAAGUCCUCGGGCUCGUUCUCCACGGGCGAUGAGUCUAAGGACAAGAAUCGCAUUCUCUGCAUUGCUCUCGACCCUCACUCGAUCCAUAAACAGGACCAAAGACUACUCAUCUCCGAUGAUUUCUUUAGAGCUGCGAAUGCCAGCGGGGCACUCGAUGAAUUCGAGCCGAAGCUCGACACGAACCGGCCCAUUCAGGGUGUUGUCAAUAUGGCCGUUGUCAAGAAGUUCUUGCUUGUGGCGGCGGCGUCUGCAAACACCGACGAGAUGGCCCUUUACGUCACGGAGAAUUCCAUCAACUGGCAUCGCGCAAUCUUUCCUACGGACCACCGCGUUGAGCAAGAGGCUUACACCGCCCUAGAGAGUACCGAGUACAGCAUCCAGAUCGAUGUCAUGACGACUAGGCCGUCCAAUCCGAUGGGCGUGCUGUUCACCAGCAACUCAGACGGCAGAUACUUCACCCGGAACAUCGAGCAUACCAACCGGAAUCGACACGGCCAUGUCGACUUCGAGAAGAUUGCCGGCAUCCAAGGCAUAUUUCUCCUGAACAAGGUCGAUAAUUGGAAGGAGGUCGAACGGAAGCCCAGCACCGAGAAGAAGGUCGUCACAGAAAUCACCUUCGACGACGGACGCACUUUCGAGGAAGUCAAGGCGGAUGGAAAGCGGCUUCACCUCCACUCAGUUACCGACCUUAGCAAUGUCGGGCGCGUCUUCUCGAGCCCCGCGCCUGGCCUAGUCAUGGGUAUUGGCAACACGGGUGAGGAACUGACGAGCUACUCGGACGGCAACCUUUAUAUUUCGGACAACGCGGGCCUCACGUGGAUCAAGGGACUGGAUGGUCCGCACAAGUACGAGUUCGGCGAUCAGGGUUCGAUCCUAGUUGCCGUGAAGGAUUCUGCAAAGGUGGAUAUAAGUGAAAUCAAGUACUCGCUGGACCAUGGGCAGAGUUGGAAGACCGCCUCCCUCCCAGAUGAUCUCAAGAUCCAGCCCUCGUUCCUUACCACCACCCAAGACUCGACGACCUUGAAGUUCAUCCUCGUCGGCCAAGGCGCCGGCGACGAAAAGCCUUUCUACGUCAUUGCCAUCGAUUUCGAUGGCCUGCACGAGGCUACUUGCAAGAAGAGUGACCUGGAAGAUUGGUUUGCUAGGGUCGAUGACGAAGGCAAACCUACCUGCUUGAUGGGUCACACGCAGAAAUUCCACCGCCGAAAAAAGGACGCAGAGUGCUUCAUGAAAGAAGAGCACAAGGAUAUCAAGGUCGAGACCGAGGAUUGCGAGUGCAGCGACCAAGAUUUUGAGUGUGACUACGACUUUGUACGUGACGGGAAGGACUGUGUCACCAAGGUCGCAAUCACCCCUCCCGAGGAAGCUUGCAAGGGCGGGUCAAAGCCUGACGACACGUUUUUGGGCCCGUCGGGCUGGCGCCUGAUCCCGGGUAACACAUGCAAGAGGACCAAGGGGUCCCAGAAGGAUGACAAAGUGGAGAGGAAGUGCUCCGAGGCGACAACACCGGCGAAACCCCCAGGCAGCGGAGAGAUCCAGAUCAGCCAGCAUGUCUUUGAGGGAGACUGGACUUCGAUGGAGAAACACUACCUGGAGCGUGGCGACUCGAGCCUUGGAGACGACGAGACGGUUAUUGUCCGACCGAGGAGCUCGAGGCGGCUAGGGCCAAUAUGGAUCACUCAAGACCACGGCAAGACUUGGGCAGAGCCCAAACACCUUCCUUCUGAGGACAUACUGUGGAUCAUCCCACACCACUACUUCAAAGACAUGGUCUUCUUCAUCACCGAGACGGAAACGGUGCACUACACGCCCGACCGUGGCCGAAACUUCCAUUCCUUCAAGGCGCCUCAUCCCCCGCCGAUCUCUCGCGAGAGGAACCCCCUUUCGUUCCAUCCCGACAACAAUAACUGGCUACUAUGGCUGGGGGAGAAAUGCGAGCACGACAAGUGCCACCUAGUGGCCUCCUACAGCAAAGACAGGGGCGACCACUGGCAGACGGCGGCAAGAUACGUCGAGAGAUGCGAGUUCACCGGCUCUGACGCCUUCAAGUACCCCGGCCGCGAGGUGGAACAGAUCAUCUGCCUGCAGAGGGCCAGCGAGAACGACGACAAGGGCACCCCGCUCCACCUCGUUUCCAGCGACGACUGGUUUGAUCACCAGAACACUCUUAAGGAGGAUGUGAAGAACUUUGCAACCAUGGCGGAAUUCAUCGUCGCCGCGACGGAGAACGCCGAAACGCAGAGCCUCCGGGCCCUCGCCAGCCUUGACGGCAAGACAUUUGCGGAGGCUCAGUUCCCUUACAACUUCGAAGUGCCUCACCAGCACGCCUACACGGUGCUCGACAGCUCAACCCACGCCGUCAACCUGUUCGUCGUGACUGAGACGAAGGAGAAUCGCAUGUACGGCUCCAUCAUGAAGAGCAACUCGAACGGAACCUCGUACGUCCUUAGCAUCGCGGGUGUCAACUGUGACGACUCGUUCUACGUCGACUUUGAAAAGAUGCUUGGUCUGGAAGGCGUCGCGCUUGUCAACAUCGUCGCAAACCGCGACGCGAAGGACGGUGUGCCGAAGGAGCUGCGGACCAAGAUGACGCACAACGAUGGAGCCGAAUGGAGCUACCUUCCGCCCCCGAACAAAGAUGUCGAUGGCAAACCAUUCGGUUGCGGCAGCAGCAGGGGCGAUCCGACCUGCGCCUUGCAUAUCCACGGUUACACGGAACGCGUUGAUCACAGGAAGACCUACUCUUCCAAGAGCGCCGUCGGGCUGAUGUUCGGCUGGGGUAAUGUCGGCUCUUCUCUUGGCUCAGCCAAGGAUGCCGACACCUACAUGACGACGGAUGCCGGCAUUACGUGGAAGCAGGUCAAGAAGGGACGGUGGACCUGGGCCGUUGGAGACCAGGGCUCGAUCAUUGCCCUCAUCCAGACGAGCCGCGUCAAGAAGACGACAAAUGUGGUCUCCUAUUCGACCGACGAAGGUGCUACCUGGACCGAUUACAAGUUCUCCGAAGAGGAGGUCGAGAUUGUGGACGUUGCCACAAUGCGGUCCGGGAACUCGAGGAACGUCCUGCUCAUCGGCAAGUCGGGUUCCGAGAUGUUCACAAUCAACCUCGACUUCUCCGGCCUGAGCGACAGGCAGUGCAAGUACGACGAGCAAGAUCCUAGCAAGUCGGAUUACUACCUCUGGUCGCCGAAGCAUCCCCUCCAGGAUAACGGCUGUCUGUUCGGCCACAUCACGCAAUACCUGCGCAAGAAGCCGGAGAAGAGCUGCUACAACGGCUUCAAGAUGGAGCACAUCUACAAAGAAGAGAACUGCGGCUGCACUCGAGAGGACUAUGAAUGCGACUACAAUUUCGAGCUCGACAACACCAGGGCGUGCCACCUCGUGCCCGGCUUCCAGCCCCAAUCGGCCAAGGACUGGUGCGCGGCGCACCCGGACGCGGUCGAGUUCUACGAGCCGACGGGCUACCGGCGCAUCCCGCUGACGACGUGCGUGGGCGGGUCCGAGUUUGACAAGGCGCCCCAGUCGCAGGCGUGCCAGGGCCACGAGGAGGAGUACGAGCGCAGGCACAGGGGGCCCUCGGGCGUCGCCAUCUUCUUCGCCGUGGUGAUACCGUUCGCGCUGGCGGGCGCCAUCGGCUGGUACGUGUGGCGCAACUGGAGCACCAGCUUCGGGCAGAUCCGCCUCGGCGAGCAAGGGGCCGGCGUCGCCGGCAUCGGGAGGCUCGGCGGCGGCGGCGGCGGCGCCCUCCUCGACGAGGACAGGCCCUGGAUCCGCUACCCGGUCAUCGCCCUGUCGGCGGUCGUCGCCGUGGCGGUCGCCAUGCCGCUCGUCGCCACGGCGCUCUGGCGGACGGCCAGGGGCGCGGUCGAGAGGUGGACCGGCGGCGGCGGCGCGUGGACGCGGCUGGGCGGCGGGGGCGGGGGCAGGAGGUUCACCACUAGGGAUAGCUUCGCCCGGGGUAGGGGCGACUACGCCAUCGUCGACGAGGACGAGGGAGAGCUUCUUGGGGAUGCUAGCGAUGAGGAGGUCUGA